UCAAGCGCAAGCGAAUUCGCAGCCAACUCAUCCACAGUGCCGAGCUUAUCUUCCGUGUCCAGCAGCGUCUCUUCCUCUUCAUGAUCGUCAUCAUGGGCCGCAAAUACCGUAUCCUCCGCUGGGACCGCUCCGGUGCGGUCGUAUCCACUGCGGUAGACUACUUCGACAGCUGGCAGCUUCUCUGCGACGAAAUGCUUGGCGCCGACCCAACUGCCGUUCGCCUCGAUUCGCGGGAUGCCCGAUGGAAGCGCAUGACGUCCACCGCCGCCGCCCAUGCGAGAGACGUCGACUAGAAAAACCGCUUCCUCCGAGACGACGAGCUCAAAGAAUCGUUCACGUUCCGCUACGUCCGCGAUGCGUUCCGGCAUACGCUCGUUGACAGGUAUCCCUGCUUACCAAGUCGAGGUCCCCGACGGGGACAAGAAGCGGCUGUUCCUCAUUUGUCGGCCUAUAUUCGUAGCGAAGGGCCUGACUGGUCGUGGAACACGCGGCUUCAUCGCCCUCGAGUACGAUACGGCCCGGAGCCGUCGCCCGGAUCGCUUCGUUUUCCUGAAAGAUGUAUGGCGGAUCAAGUACGACGGUUUACGUCCAGAGGGCGACAUCCUCGCCGAACUGAACGGGGCGCACGUCGAGCACAUCCCCACGCUGCUCUGCCGCGGUGACAUUGGCGAAUCGGUGCAGGAGACGAUGACGCCCAAGUAUUGGGAGCUCGAGAAUUGCACCUCGUCUCCAUUAGUCUACGUCUCACAGUCUCAUCAGGAGGCGUACAGGCUCGACAUUAUUCGUCACGACAUCAGCGCCGGAAACUUGCUGCUCUACCUGAAGGUCGAGGACAGGGACGGCAGGCGUGUGCUCCGCUGGGUCGGACUGCUGACUGGUUGGGAGUUUUCGGAGAAGAUCGAUGAACCACGCCUGGGGCGCCAGGCAGAGAGACCGGCCGUGGAAUUGAUCGACGACCUCGAAGCGUUCUUCUACGUCCUCCUCUACUAUGCUGUCCGCUAUCUGACACCAAACUGCUUGAGCGCGGCCGCCUGGAUAGAGGGUAUCUUUGAUGGUUACAGGAUCGUCGACGACGUGUACUACGUCGGCGAGGGAAAGGGAAGCGCGAUCCGGACCGGAAAGCUCACGCUGCUCUGUUCGUUCGCGGCGCACUACAAGGUCCUGGAUUACGACAAGCGUCAGGGAAACAUCUGCAUCCACCCCAUUCCCCCAUUGCCCCCUCCACCACCAAUGGAUCAUGUUACGGACGAAAUCAUCCUUCCCAAGGAUAAUAGGAACCCCCAGUUUCGGAAAGUAUCCCGCCACGACAACAUUCCGCCGACUAGAGAGGAGCGCGCCCUUGCGAAGAAUGUCGCGGACUAUAAGCCUUUUCUCGACAUCCUGCAAGAUGCUUUGUUCUCGCCGGCAUGGGACUUAGAAGUUGAUCGGCUCGAGGAUCAGAUUUCGUGGGAGGGGAUGCCGUCGCGGCAGUCAGGGCCUUCCGUCGACGCUACGGGACCUGAGAGAAAGAAGAGGAGGAUUGGCCCGGGUAGUCGCUCGUAA